AUGGCUCGCAGCUCUUGGUUCACUUUCUUGGCUGCCCUUUCCGCCAUCUCCAUCGGCGUGCGAGCCGUCCCUGCCCCGCAUACCCUGACAAUCCGCCAGGAUGCCAUUACACCCCUACCUUCAGCAGAAAUAGCCGCAUUCAAGCCGUAUACGUGGUACGCGAGCACUGCGUACUGCCAUCCCUCGUCCACCAAGGCUUGGAACUGCGGCAAAAACUGCGAUGCAAACCCUACCUUCGUGCCAGUGGAUUCCGGAGGAGACGGCAACGAGACUCAAUUCUGGUAUGUUGGUUAUGAUCCCACGCUCAACGUGGUCAUCGUUGGUCACGAGGGUACGGACGUAACGGAAAUCGCUCCUCCUCUCAUCGACAUGGAUACUUCCCUUGUGCGAUUAGAUGCUAAACUCUUUCCCGGUGCCGACCCAUCCGUUCGUGUCCACGAGGGUUUCGCCGGAACACAAAGCAGAUCAGCCCCUGGAGUAAUAGCCGCUGUGGAGGAGGCACUGUCUCUCCAUCCUACUAGGAAUGUCACCGUCGUGGGACACUCUCUUGGUGCCGCUAUUGCCCUGUUGGAUGCCGUGUCCUUGCCACUUCAUCUGCCUUCGGACGUGUACGUUCGUUACAUCGGAUAUGCAUCGCCUCGGGUUGGCAAUAAAGCUUGGGCCAAUUGGGUCGACUCGUUGCGCAUGGACAUCACCCGCGUCAAUAACAAAGAAGACCCCGUCCCGGCUCUCCCUCCUAUGGAGUUCCUGUACCACCACGUCGGCGGCGAACACCAUAUUAGCGACGACGAUGUUUGGGUCUCUUGCCCAGGCCAGGAUAACCUCAGUGAUCAGUGCAGCACCGGCGCUGUGAACAUAUUUAGAUUCAAUGCUACUCAGCACCUAGGUCCGUACGAUGGAGUGACCAUUCACUGCUAG